UCAACCUUUUUUUUGUCAGCCUCGCCCGAACCCGUUUGUUGCGAAAGCAUAGAACCUCUCGGAUACGGCGCCACGCGCGGUUAUUUUAUCCUUCUCUAAUUCUUGGUUCGUUCCUAUUCACAUAGUUGAUAGCUAGCAACCAUGACCGACCAAAUUAAGCAAGAGUCUCCGCGCAAUGAGCGCAAGCGCAUGAGCAGUCCGGACGUCCAGGCUCCGACGAAACGCGUGAAGAGAGAAGACGUUGAUGAUUCGAAGCCGACAAAAUAUAACCCGUACCUUGCGCAUUGGAGUAAUGGCAACGGUGACGCAGAUGGUGAUGAUAAGGACGGUUCCGAAUAUAACGAUCGCCUACCAAAAGGCUCUCCGCUCGCACACUUCAAGCGACGAAGGACUACGGCGAAGCAAGCAUUUGAAGCCGAAAAUUCCGACAACAACCCUUUCACAGGAGAACCGCAUUCCCAGCAGUACUUCAGCAUCCUGAAAUCGAGACGCAACCUUCCUGUGUAUAAGCAGAGACAAGAAUUCCUCGAUCUGUACCAGAAGUCGCAGAUACUCGUUUUCGUUGGUGAGACCGGUUCCGGUAAAACUACACAGAUACCUCAGUAUGUAGUUUACGACGAACUCCCCCACCUCAACCGGAAGCUAGUCGCCUGUACGCAACCGCGACGAGUCGCGGCGAUGUCCGUCGCGCAACGUGUUGCCGACGAGCUCGAUGUUACCCUAGGAGAAGAAGUUGGUUACAGCAUCCGUUUUGAGGAUAAGACUAGUUCGAAGACCAUGUUGAAGUAUAUGACCGACGGUAUGCUGCUGAGAGAGGCUAUGCACGACCACGACAUGUCUCGCUAUAGCUGCAUCAUUCUGGACGAAGCACACGAACGUACUCUCGCAACCGACAUUCUCAUGGCGCUCCUUAAACAGGUGACUAGGCGCAGGUCAGACCUCAAACUUAUCGUCAUGUCGGCCACCUUGGAUGCUCAGAAAUUCCAACGUUACUUUUAUGACGCUCCUCUGCUUGCCGUGCCGGGCCGAACGUUCCCUGUCGAGAUUUUCUACACACCCGAGCCGGAGAAGGACUAUGUUGAAGGUGCCAUCCGCACUGUGCUUCAGAUCCAUGCCGGCGAAGACGAAGGAGAUAUCCUCCUUUUCCUAACGGGAGAAGAGGAAAUCGAGGAUACCUGCAGAAAGAUCUCGCUCGAGGUUGACGAGCUUGUGAGGGAAACGGAUUGUGGUCCGAUGGCUGUGUACCCGCUUUACGGAACGCUUCCUCCUCACCAGCAGCAGAGGAUAUUUGACCCUGCACCGCCACCACUAAAGAAAGGCGGCAAGCCGGGCCGAAAGUGCAUUGUGUCAACCAACAUUGCCGAGACGAGUUUAACCAUCGACGGCAUUGUUUAUGUGGUCGAUCCUGGUUUCAGCAAACAGAAGAUAUACAACCCUCGGCUGAGAGUAGAAUCGCUGCUGGUGUCCGCCAUUUCGAAAGCUUCUGCUCAGCAGCGAGCAGGUCGUGCCGGUCGAACGAAGCCCGGAAAAUGCUUCCGACUAUACACGGAGAAAGCUUUCAAGGAAGAACUCAUCGAGCAGACGUAUCCCGAGAUCCUCCGUUCUAACCUCGCCAACACGGUCUUAGAGCUGAAGAAGCUCGGCAUUGAGGACCUUGUGCAUUUUGACUUAAUGGACCCUCCUGCCCCCGAGACUAUGAUGCGUGCCCUCGAAGAGCUGAACUAUCUCGCAUGCCUCGACGAAGAUGGACAAUUAACGCCUCUCGGUGGCAUGGCGUCCGAGUUCCCCUUGGAUCCUUCCCUAGCGGUCAUGUUGAUCUCGAGCCCAGAGUUCUACUGCUCAAACGAGAUACUCUCGGUAACGGCGCUCCUCUCGGUUCCCCAGAUUUUCGUGCGCCCAGCCAAUAAAAGGCGAGAGGCCGACGAGAUGAAGAAUUUGUUCAAGCACAGGGAUGGAGACCACCUGACGAUGCUAAAUGUAUACCAUGCGUUCAAAGGAAUACUAAAUGGCGGUGGUGAUGCAAGAGAAUGGUGCCAUAAACACUAUCUGUCAUUCCGCCACCUUUCUAGCGCGGACAACGUUCGUGCUCAACUUAAACGCAUCAUGGAGACUCAUGAUUUAGAUCUCGUCAGCACGGAUUUCAACGACAAGGACUACUAUGUAAACAUCCGUCGAGCUCUAGUCACCGGCUUCUUCAUGCAGGUCGCUAAGAAGGAAAAGGACAGGGUGUAUCGCACGCUCAAGGAAAACAACCAAGCAGUCAUGCUACAUCCCAGUACAGUGUUACAAACAGAAUACGAAUGGGUCCUCUAUAACGAGUUUGUCAUGACGUCUAAGAACUAUAUCCGUACAGUUACCGGAAUCAAACCGGAGUGGCUCUUGGAACUUGCGCCUGUUUAUUACGAUAUCGAAUCCUGGGAUGGACAGAAGGACGUCAAGCUGGCACUGAAGGCGGUAGCUGAUAGGAUGCGACGCCGAGCUGCUAUGAAGGGCCGCCAUUAAAAGAGGAUAUUAGUAUUGAUAGGCAUUAGAGGGGAUAGUGCGCAGGACGAGUUGGGACGGUCCGAGACCACGAUCGAUUACCCUCCCGGACUCAGUUCGCAUCUUUAAUAUAAAGAACAUGACAUCAACCAUCCGAAUUCAUACAUGAAUACGCUACUAAGAUGAAAAUGCCUCGGACUUUGGGGCAUCGGCAUUGUUUCCAUAGCCUGAGAUGGAACGACGGUUGCGCUAGGCACGAUUUUGGCAUCUUAAGAGGCCUAUGAUACCUUUUCUAGCAGAGAAACAAGACGAGGGAAUGGCUAAACAAGGCAUUUAAGGUGAAGCAACGAUAGAGAAAGAACAUAGAUGGCAGCUCCUGCUGUGGACUCAUCUUAGAAUUAAGAAGUCUUGGACGGAUAGUACAUUCCUAGUUGUCCUAGAUAGCGAAUCUACUUGCAUGUCUAGGUCCCUUCAUCUAUUCCCAAGCUUGCAUUUUGUACCUACAUACCUCAGAUGCGGCUCUUGUAAAGAGCACCAACUUCCUGUUUUCCAUCGUCACUGUCAAAUAAGUACGCCGUAUUCAACCAAGGGGCGAAAAUGAAGUUUGCCACUCUUUUUACUUUU